AUGGCACAACCUCGCGACCCUGGGCUCGACGAGACUUUCUCGAUUGAGCACUCCAUCCAUACCGCCUCUGAUCAAUACGCCGGUCCAAAGAAUGUCAGCGAUGAUUCAUCCGAGGAAACACUAGAAGAGAAGGUCGAACGGCUCGGGCGGGAGAGACCACAGAUAUUCAAAAAUCAAUGGCACGAGGUCGGCUUCGUCUUCAGCGUUGCCAUGUCCCAAUUCAUGACGGAAUACUUUGUCUCGGGCUUUGUUGUCAUCUUGCCAACUCUGAUCAGAGAUCUCGACAUUCCACAAGCUUUGAGCGUGUGGCCCGCCACCGCUUUCUCUCUCGUCGUUGCCAGCACUCUCCUUAUUUUCGGCCGCCUCGGUGACAUGUGUGGUGGCUAUUCCGUAUUUAUGGGUGGUCUCGCGUGGCUUGUUCUCUGGAGUAUCGUCGCGGGAUUCAGCAUCAACCCUCUCAUGCUGGACCUUUGCCGAGCUCUCCAAGGCUUUGGAGCUGCUGCCUUUCUUCCUACUGGGGUACAGCUCCUCGGAUCCCUCUAUCGCCCCGGGCCACGGAAGAAUCUUGUGUUUGCCAUAUAUGGUACUUCUGCCAUCAUUGGUUUCUUUGGUGGCAUUGUGAUUGCGGGAAUUGUUGGCCAGUUUCUCAGAUGGGGCUUUUACUUUUGGUUCGGUGCAAUCCUCACCGCCAUGACGUUUGUCUCUUCACUCUGUUUUGUUCCGAGGCCAAAGUCAUUGUUCGAGCAGAAGGCAGCCGUCAGCAUGGAUUACUUGGGAGCUUUUACCAUCACCGCGGGUCUCGUGCUGACUGUCUUUGCAAUCACUCAGUCAGCACAUGCCGCUUCAGGCUGGAAGACGCCAUACAUCAUUGCGUGUUUCGUUCUUGGCAUCGUCUUCCUGCUUGCGGCCGCGUAUGUCGAGGCCCGUGUUGCCAGCUAUCCUCUGCUUCCAGCUUUCAUCUUUACCACGUCCUGCAUGACACCGCUCUUGCUAGCUCUCUUUCUUCUUUAUGGCACCUGGGGCAUUCACUCUGUGUACGGAACUCUGUACUUCCAGAACAUCAUGUCGGCCAGCGCUAUACAAGUUGCAGGAUGGUAUACCCCUCUUGGCGUCGCCGGUUUGAUCAUCAGCAUCUUCGAGGGCUUCAUCCUACACCUCGUCCCGGGAAGAGUGCUCUUGAUCAUAUCCGGUCUUGGGGCAGUGGGUGCCCAGCUUCUGCUCGCACUGAUCCCGGCCGGUGCAAAUUACUGGGCCUGGGUGUUUCCCGCCAUGAUAAUGGGCACUAUCGGCAUCGACCUUUCCGCGAUCCUGAUGAUAGUCUUUGUCACGUCCGCAUUCUCUUCCGCGGAACAAGGCCUGGCCGGUGGUGUGAUCAACUCUGUUCUCCAGCUUGGUGUUGCAUUCACGCUGGGCGUGGGAGACAUCAUCCAGUCGAGAACUGUUGACGGCGAGGGUUUGGGCAAAAGUUACAAGAAUGUGUUUUGGUUGGGUGUAGGUGCUGGGGCCACGAGUCUUGUGAUCAUGGCUAUCUGGGGUAAGGUGCCAAAGGCUAGUAGUGACCUUACGGCUGACGAGAAGGAGGAGUUGAGACAAGAGGCAGAAGCUGCUGGAUGUCGGGAGCAAGCAAGCUAG